AUGUCUACUCUUUGUCGUUUUGUAUUACCAUCAACAUUAUCAUCAACUGAAGAAGCAUGUGUAACAGAAUUUAAUGAAUAUAAAAAACGUAGAAAAGAAAUUGCACAAAAUAAAUCAGCAAAUAAACGUUUAACAAAUACAAUUGGAGGAAUAACAACAAAUGUCACAAGUACUAAUGAUUUAUCACGACAUCAAAAAGAUUCUAUAAGAAAUCCUGAACAAGCGAAAGAAGCAGCUAAAAAACUUGUACAAAGUGGUGCAAUUAAAGUACAAGCACAAGGCAAAGAUCAAGGAUUUAAACGUGCAUCAUCGAAUACUGGACAAGGACCUAUUAUUAAAAAAAUAGGUUUAACACCAAAUAUAUCAUCCGGAUCACCAUCAACAUCAAAUCAAACAAAUCCAUUUCAAUCAGUUUCAUUUGUUAGUCCAACUUCUACCCCUAAAUUUGUACAUACUAAUUCUAAUGAAAACAAACGACGUGUUGUUAAUUAUGAUGACACAGACAAUUACUAA